UUUGAGUGACUCGAAGUGAGCGUUUCUUUGUCUAUGGUAGGGUUGGAAUGGAAAUGGAAGAUAGCCAUUUGUCUGAUAACCAAACAAUAGAAAAUAUUGGCUUUACGUGUGCAAUUUUUAGCGUAAAACGAUUAAUCUGUGAAUAUUAGACGAUAUCCAGGUGCUUCCUGGACCACAGAAGCUGCCAAUGGAAUGAAAUCAGCCGUUCAAUAUGGAUGGGGAAGCUGAAGACUUCAACCUCCAGUGGGAGGAAGAAGUCGAAGUAAAGAAAAUGUUUGCCUUCCAGCCAGUCCCGGGAGUAGUUGGAACAGAAGAAGUGAUUACAGGUCUAGAAAACAUGCCACACACUGCCUUUUCCACGUUGAAAGUUGAAAAUCAGAUGUAUACACAAACAUCUGAAGAGAUGAUGAGUACAGACCAGAUGGCUGCAGAAAAUUUAAUGUUUUUGUCUCAAGAUGUAGUGAGUUAUACAGAAACAGCUGAACUAGCUGAUGAUCCCAGUGUAGAGUGUGUCACUGAAGAAGUCAUUACAGAUGAUUGGGUGAUACCUGGUGGUCAAGAAAGAGUUGAAGUUCCUAUGGAUCAUUUGAAUCACCCUGAUUUGGUAUUAAAAGAAGAAAAUGAACUUGAUGUUCCAUUGCCAACAGACCAGGAUGAGUAUACAGCGAUGCGGCCGUGGCCUUGCGACUUUUGUUCGCGGCGGUUCCGUAAGAAGGCCGCUUUAAUGAACCACAUGGUGGCACAUCAGAAUGAUCGGCCUCACGCCUGCAACCUAUGCGGCGUGCGAUAUGUACGCAAGUGCGAUCUCAUGAACCACCUAAAAGUUCACGCCUUUGUGCCUGACAACCCCGAAUCCGUAGAUUAUGAUGUCCUAGACAAUAACCAAAUCAUAAAACCAAAGAAGAAACGAGGUCGACGGAAAAAGAAUCCUGAACCGGUUGAGGAGAACGGCACAUGCGAGAACAUGACGUCAGCGCGCACGCAGCAAUGGUCGCGACGCGCGCGGUCGCCGGCGCGGCCGCCCCCCUCGCCGCCAUCCCCCGCGUCGGAGCCCGCGCCCCCCUCGCCGCCCCCGCCCCCCAGCGACCCAUCGCGACCCUUCGUCUGUCGCCACUGUGGAGUCGGCUUUGCCAGGGAAAAAGCUCUGCAGUCACAUGCCAGGGUGCACGGCGGAGACUCUCCAGUGGAGUGCUCGUCCUGUGGGGAGCUGUGCUGGUCGCGCGAGGCACUCGCCUCUCACAUGCGACAGAGGCAUCCGCAUCUACCGCCGCGCACUGACCAACAGGAACAACCCUUCGAAGACUCCGACUCCGGUGACGACAUGGAAUUCCGUUUGUCUCCCCUGUCUCACGGCGGCGGUGAGCGUGCCGUGUACGACACGAUGCGAGGCCCCGAGCUGUUCUGCCAGGACUGCGGGGUCGCAUUCCAGAGGGCUGACUUACUGCGGAGACAUGUAGCCGCCGCGCACAGCUACAAGCGGCACGACAGUUCGAGCAGUACGUGGGCCGAGCACACGUGCGACGUCUGCGGGGAGGGCUUCACUGACGCCCUGCAGCUACUGGCGCACGCCGAGGGACACGCCGAGAGGCAUCGCGCGCCCUCCGCCGCGCCCAGAUUAAAAAAAAUGUCUAGAGGUCGAAAUAAUGCAGCAUCAACGGAUGCUUCCCGUCAAUUCCCAUGUAGAGUGUGUGGCAAAGUGUUUGGUUCGCGGAGUUCGCAACAAAUCCACAUUCGGAUCCACACCGGCGAACGACCGUAUGCGUGCCGGUUCUGUUGGAAAGCCUUCGCAGACGGCGGCACUCUACGUAAACAUGAGAGAAUACAUACAGGGGAAAAGCCGUACGCGUGCGCAGUAUGUCCGCGCGCCUUCAACCAGCGCGUCGUGCUGCGGGAACAUGUCCGCUCCCACCACUCCGCGCCCGACCGCCGCGCUAACGGUGGCCCCGCGUAUUGCUGCGUAGUAUGCGGGCGCACCCUGCACUCCAGCGCAGAGCUAGUGCAGCAUCUCAUUCAACACUGUGACGCUAACACCGCGCUCAAGAGGCAACCACAGACGGGCCCUCGGAAAUACAAGCGGCGGCGAAAAUUGAAGACAGAACAAUCUCCAGCGACUCCUCGCGAUUGGGAGCGUAAUUCACCAUCACCGCCACCCGUGUCUCGGUCUCCGUCGCCUGGUUCGCGCGCGUCUGACACUCUCGGUACGUCCCCCGCGCCCCCCGACUCGCCCCCCUCCCCGCCGUCGCCCGCGCGGCGUAGGCGGAGGCGUGCGGCCCCGCCCCCUGCGCGGCCGCGCAUGAUCCAUACGGAGGAGGCCGGGCGAGCGCGGCGCCGCGCGGCCCGCGCCCCCUCGCCGCUCUGGGAGCGCAGCGCGCGCCUGCGCCGGCCGCCGCGGCACCCUGCGGACGACCUGCGCGCCAUGCGCCACGACGAGGGCGCGGGCGAGGACGCGAGCGAGGCGGCGCCGAGUGCGGGCGGGCCGUUUAAAUGCGAGAUGUGCGAGCUGGAGUUCCCGCGCCGCGACGCACUGCUCCUACACGUGCCGGUGCACAUCUGACGCCCGCACUCGGCCCCGCGCCCGGCCCCGCGCCCGGCCCCGCGCCCGGCACCGCGCCCGGCCCCGCGCCCGCGCCUUCUGCGCCGACCCGGGCCCGCGCCCGCCCCGGUGUAACACCUACACGAUCGUCGUGUGACGAAUCUCCACUGGUAAUCUGGUGCGACGGUAGGGUACUGCGUGUACGUCCUACUCCAAACUCACUGGUGACUUAUCAUUGUGUUCUCAGUGUCUCUCAAAAGACUUGUAGCAAGGAAAUCAUUGAACAUCAUUAUUAAAUCUUAAAUAGUUUACUUUAUGCAAUACCUAUGAUAUGUUGUAUAAAAGAUGAAUGUUAUGUGAAGCCAUUAUUAAUUAUUUGAUGUUUAUAUUAUAUAGCAAUCUGUACAUUGUGAUAGAUUAACAAUUUGUAUGACAGACAUUCAAUAAUCUUAUUUCUUGUGCAUGUUUGAAAUGUUUCUCAUAAUUAUGAUAUCACCAAAUAAAUGAAGUUGUGCAUGGAAUAGUCUUUUAAUAGUAAUACGAUCUGUAAAUUUGCAUAAAAAUUAACAUAGAGUUAUUAGAGGCUUACAUGUAUUAAAUUGUUUGCUGGUCAAAGAUGACAAAUUAUUCAAUUGUGGCUCUGUUACAUUGUUUUAGUUUUAUAGAUGGAUGUAUAAUGUUUACAUUAAUCUUUGUUUUUAAAUAGCACCCUUAUUCUAUGCAUACUUUGUUGUACAACUAUACAAAUGACUAAAUGACUGCUGACUUGACUGUUUCGUUACAUUACCGAGGUGUGUUGGGUAUCAAGUGAAUUGUUGUAUUAUACUAAUUGACUGAUUUAUUGAUUAGUUGAAUGUAAAUUUAUUAUUAUUCUAGUGGUAAAAUUAUGUACAUAAUAUGUAUGUAAUUAAUAAAAUUUGUGACAGUUUUGAUGUUUUCAUUGUUUAGUACAAAUGCUGUAUGUUUUGGGGUUUUUUUUACUGUUUUUAUCCAUUUUAUUGUGAUAUAGACAUAAAGAAGUUAAUGUUGUGCCAUGUGAUGGUUAUGAAAUGAACAGGUAUUACUUCUGGACUGGUAUAGAAAAUGUUGAUUUUUAACAACCUUCUUGAAACAAAAUAAUUAUUUCUUAUAGUAGCUAGUAUUAAAAACGUUGUGCAAUACAUUCCCCAAAAUACAUGGUAGUUAUGUAUGCCUUUCUAAAAUGUACGUAAGAAUUCUGUUCUUUCUUUUGAGAUGAGGAUCAAAACCAUUGUACAUAAUAUACUGAAAUAAAACUUUAAUAAGCGAAGUAUUGUUUUUCUUUUAGACUGACCUAGAUAUUAG